AUGGCGGCGGCGUCAGGCGGGCCCGAGCGCGAGACGCUCCGGUUCUUGACCGCGCGAGAGUGCGUCGACGUGAGGACCGCGCACGGCACGCCGACGUACGUGUACGACGCGGCGACGCUCAAGGCGCAGGCGGCAAAGGCGCUCGAUUUCCCCAACGCGUUCGGACUCACCGUGCGCUACGCGAUGAAAGCGUCGCCGAACGCGGCGAUCCUGAAGAUCUUUCGAAACGCGGGGCUGAAGAUCGACGCGAGCAGCGGGCACGAGGUCCGGCGCGCGGUGCGCGCGGGGUUCGACCACGCGGACUGCUCGCUCAGCACGCAGGAGUUCCCGGAGUUUUUCGAGGAGCUCGUGAAGAAGGGACUCAAGGUGAACGCGUGCAGCUUGUCGCAGCUGGAGGCGUUCGGCGCCGCGUUCCCCGGCGCCGAGAUCGGCCUGCGGUUCAACCCGGGCCUCGGCAGCGGCGGCACGGGGAAGACGAACGUCGGCGGGCCGUCGAGCUCGUUCGGGAUCUGGCACGAGCUCCUCCCGGAGGCGAGAGCCAUCUGCGAGAAGCACGGGCUCAAGGUGGUUCGCAUCCACACGCACAUCGGCAGCGGCAGCGACCCCGCGGUGUGGCAGAAGACGUCCGGGAUGAGCUUAGACCUGUGCCGCGAGUUUCCCACCGUCGAGACGCUGAACCUCGGCGGCGGGUACAAGGUUGGGCGGAUGGCGUACGAGAAGAGCACAGACCUCGCCGUCGUCGGCGCGCCCGUCAAAGCGCUCUUCGAGGCGUUCGCGAAGGAGACCGGGAGAGAGUUGAGACUCGAGAUCGAGCCCGGGACGUUCCUGCUCGCGAACAGCUGCGCGAUCGUGUGCACGGUGCAGGAUAAGGUCACGACGGGCGCCGCGAGCGACGGCGGGCACGUCUUUUUGAAGCUCGACGCGGGGAUGACGGAAGUGUUGCGGCCGUCGCUGUACGCCGCGCAGCACCCGCUCGUGACGGUGUCGGCCGCGACGGGGAAAGAGCCGGAGGGCACCGAGAAAUACGUCGUCGUGGGGCACUGCUGCGAGAGCGGCGACCUGAUGACCCCGGGGCCGGACGACGCGGAGGAGAUCGCGGAGCGAGCGAUGGGGGAGGUGGAGCGCGGCGAUCUGUUGGUGGUGGAAGGCGCCGGCGCGUAUUGCGCGGGCAUGAGCGGGAAGAAUUACAACUCGUUCCCCGAGGCGCCGGAGGUGAUGCGCACCGCGGAGGGGACGUUCCACGUCAUCCGAAAGAAGCAGAGCUUGGAGCAGAUCAUGGCGAACGAGGUGGAGCUGCCGGACGACGCGUGCUGA